UUCAAAUCCCACAUAAGUAACAUUAAUUAUGAAAAAUUCAGUAGAAAAAUCCGAAGCUUUGGUGGAUUUUGGAUCUACAGCCAGUAGAAUUACUGGAGAAACUGAAACCAUUAAACAUCCUAAAAUAUCAGUGAAGAGUUUUAUCCAGGAAAUAAAUGAAGAUGAAAUUGUGGGGUUUGAACUUUAUGAACAAGCCAAAAAUUUGACUGAUGAAGAAGAACAAAUAAUUAGAAAGAAAGUAUUAAGAAAAGUUGAUAUGAGAAUUAUACCUUUAUUAUGCAUUACUUAUACUCUUCAAUUUCUUGAUAAACUUUCCCUUAAUUAUGCUUCUGCGUAUUCCAUGGUAGACGAUUUAAAUUUAGUUGGCCAACGUUACUCAUGGGUGGCUGCAAUUUUUAAUUUUGGAUACCUUUUCUGGGCUCUACCUGGCAAUUAUAUUAUUCAAAGAGUUCCCGUAGCUAAAUAUACUGGCUUUUUAAUUUUUACUUGGUCAAUUAUUCUUAUAGGACAUAUUGGAUUAAAGAAUUAUGGUGGAGCUUUGGUUAUAAGAUUCAUUCUUGGAAUGUUCGAAGCCCUGAUAAGUCCUUCAUGCAUGCUUAUAUGUGGAUCAUUUUAUACCGUCAAAGAUCAACCUAUUAGAAUGUGUAUUUUCCUUUCUUUCAACGGUGUGGCUACAAUGCUUGGGGCCCUUCUAGGUUUUGGUUUGGGUCACGUAACUCUGGCAAAAUUGGAAUCUUGGAAACUUAUCUUUUUGGUUAUUGGCUUAUUGAAUUUGGCAUGGUCUUUCGUUUUUCUUUGGUUUUGUCCUGAUUCACCGGACAAGGCUAAAUUUCUAACUGAAGAAGAAAGAGCAGUAUUAGUGAGAGAAGUCGCCUCGAAUAAUCAAGGUAUAAAGGAUUCUCAUUUCAAAAAGUAUCAAGUUGUUGAAGCUCUUUGUGAUGUUGGAGUAUGGAUGAUAGCAUUCGUGGGUCUUGCUUGUGGAAUCGUAAAUGGGGGUGUAUCUAAUUUUGCUUCUUCUCUCAUAAGAGGUUAUGGCUUUAGUGGAUUGAAUGCUACUGCUUUACAGCUUCCAACGGGGGCAAUUGAACUUGUCGUUGUAGCAGCUGCUGGAUUUGUCAUUUUUAAUGUUAAAAAUUCCCGAUGUAUAGUAUUAUUCUGUAUUUGCAUUCCUCCUUUGGCUGGUCUUGUUGGGAUUCAUACCAUCUCUAUGGAGCAUAAAUGGGCUUUAGUUGGUUGCACAUUUUUACAAUUCAUAAUUGGUGGUCCAGUCAUUUUAUGUUGGAUCUUGUUAAAUGCCAACGUAUCCGGAUUUUCAAAGAAAACCAUUUCUAAUGGGAUAUGGUUUACUUUAUAUGCUACUGGGAAUAUUAUUGGUGCAAAUAUUUUCUUUGCCAGGCAAGCACCCAAGUAUGUAAGUGGUAUGGUAGGAUUAAUCAUUUGCUAUGUUGGAAUUAUGGUCAUUGCAAUUUUGUUAAGAGUUUUAUUAAUGUAUAGAAAUAAGAAAAAGAAUGAAGAACAAGGUGGUUAUGAUAACGAGAAAGCAGAACAAGCUAUCUUAGAUGGAUUUAAGGGUUUGACUGACUUUGAGAAUAAAGGGUUUAGAUAUUCUUUAUAGUUAUUUCAUGCGUAUUUACCUAUAUAAGCAGUAAUAAGAACACCAAUAGCAAGAAG